CGUUAGAGAAGGAACUCGUUCAAAAUGGCGACGAACGGAACUAAAGAGGAGUACGGAAAAGUCGUUAUUUCUCUCGAAAACUGUCUCCUCUCCACCGAAAAACUUAUCGAAACACCAUCUAUAAGAGAUGGACUACCUAAAGAAGUCGAAACAAGUCUAAGAAUUGUUGGUUGUGAGUUUAUACAAGCCGCAGGAAUAUUGCUCAAACUUCCACAGGUAGCAAUGGCUACUGGACAAGUUAUAUUUCAGCGUUUUUUCUAUUCUAAAUCGUUCGUAAAGCACGAUGCUGAGGUGUACGCUAUGGCGUGCAUCUUCCUGGCUGCCAAAAUUGAAGAGGCGCCACGGCGGAUAAGAGACGUUAUAAAUGUCUUCCAUUACAUCAAGCAAAGACGAAACAACAGGCCUAUACAACACAUGGAAUACAUGGGAAAUACUUAUUUUAAUCGCAAGAAUCUGGUAGUCAAGGCAGAGAGAAGAAUUCUAAAGGAACUUGGCUUCUGCGUACAUGUUAAACAUCCUCACAAGAUUAUUAUAAAUUAUUUGAGAAUAUUAGAAUGUGAAAAUAACCAAGAAUUAACAAAAUUAGCAUGGAACUACAUGAAUGAUAGUUUACGAACCAACGUGUUUGUCCGCUUUCGUCCUGAGACCAUCGCAUGUGCUUGUAUCUUCCUCUCUGCAAGAAAGCUCAAGAUUUGCCUUCCAAACAAGCCACACUGGUUUGAACUCUUUGAUGCAACUCUAGAAGAACUGGAGGAAAUCAGCUUAACAAUACUAGAACUCUACAACCAACCAAAGGUUACUUUAGAUGAGCUCUUGAAGAAAACUACUGAACUGCGAGCUCAAAUUGAAGAAAGAAAGAAGAAAGCUACAGAACAGAAAUCUCAGGCUUCGGCUAACCCGUCAUCCAUUAAACCAACACAGUUUGACUCCAGACCAGGGUCUAGAGCAACAUCUCCCAGUAAGGUUUCACCCUUCUCUGGUGAGGAAACAAAACGAAAAGGUGCUUCGAAAUCUGAAGAGGACAAGAAGACAACGGAAAAAGAUAGGAAUCCAACAAGCCGACAAAACAGACGGAGCAGGUCUCCGAGGAAUCGCAAUCACAGCGGCACUAAAAGCCGUUCCAUGAGUAGAAGCCGUUCAAGAUCUCGCUCAAAAUCACGAUCACGCAGUAGAUCACGAAGCAGAUCACGCAGCUAUAGCUUAUCCGUUAGUCCCGAUAUUCGUCGCGCUAGUGAGUCGUUCAGUAGCGACGCAGAGAGUCCCGAACAAAAAAGACAAGGAGAGAAAAGUCGCAAGAGAAGAAAUACCGUUGUACGUUCGUCAAAAAAUCGCUCUCGACAGCGUUCAUGUGAGCGCGCACCCAAUAAAAAAUCGUCCUCAAAAACAGGCCUUUCGAAUCGAGAACGAUCGUACGACCGACGACACAGACCAAGACUUCGUAGUCGAUCUCCGAUAACGAGAAGUCGCAGUCGAAGCCCGAGUCGUGAUAGAAGUAAAAGAUAUUACUCGAAGCGCGACAGAGAACGAGCGAAAGCUGGUGACUAUCACAGGAAUGGUGUAGAAUAUAGAACAAGGGACCGAGAUGAUGGAGGAAGAGAUCACUCCAGGAGACAUAGAUAGCCUUUAUAUGAUAUGAAAUGUCUUUCCGGGUUUUUUGUUUGUCUAGAAAAAAUAUCCAUCGCAAAAUUCGUCACAGCGAAACAUAGCAGCAUGCUCUUCUUAAAGCGCGAUUACACGGAGCAAUUUUCUUUGCAACUUGGCUCGCGAAGGCGUUGCGACACAAGUUGCAUGGAGCAUUGCAGCGUGUAACCUACAGCACAUUCUGAAAAAUGUUGCGAGAUAAGUUGAAGCAAUCGUUGCGAAAAGUAGAAUUCGUUUCUACUUUUGGCAACGAUUUAGAACUCUCUUGGAACUUGUGACGCAACGCUGUUUUUGGCUAAAGUGCACGGUAAGAUUUAAAUCGACCGUAUGACAUGCUUACAACUAAAACUUGGCGUAACCACUCAACAGUUGUGAGGAAGAAUCAAACUGGGUAAAACAGCAGUGAAUAACUUGUAGUGUAGAUCAUUCGUCCUUUGCUAAACGCAUUUUCAUUACUUGAAAAAAUACUUUAUAUUAGCAGUACUUACGUUUUCACUUUGGCAUCUUGCUUAAAAUGAAGAAAGGAAUCAUACUCGAGGGCAAAGCGAAAUAAAAUGUCCUUGCCCCUUUCGUUCGAUUCCAUUAUUCCAUUCUUGUCUGUCUGUCAUAUGCCUAAGUAAAAAUGCGACAUUUGCAUUCGAUCCAUUUAUUGGAUUUUCCUGGGAUUGUAUAUGUUACACACCUAACGAAAUUUAACCUGCAAACAAGCUCUCGAAGGCUAUUGAAGCAGUUACUCUCGUACAAAUUUGGAAAAAAGUCUAGAAAAAUGACCGGCUUUACGGUGAAAAAACAUCUGAUCAACAUUUGUUUAGAUAUUACUAUUUUAUAUAAGUUGUACAUAGAGCACUAUCGGCUUGAAGUAAAGUUGACAUCGCUUGAUGUUAAUCCAAUUA